AGACUUUUCACAUUUACUUAGGCUCACUACCCGGACUCUCUCAAAACAAAGUGUUGUAAAUCCAAAGAACGACCGAAUAAGACAAGGGAAAAAAUAGAACUCUUUAUUUUCAUUUGAAAUUUAUUAGCUGGCAAAUCAAAUCACCAUCCAAGAUGUCUUAUCAACUGUAUCGGAACACCACAUUGGGGAAUACAUUGCAAGAGAGUUUGGACGAAUUGAUUCAGUUUGGUCAAAUUACACCACAAUUGGCGCUCAAAGUCCUGUUGCAAUUCGACAAAUCAAUAAACACAGCACUAAAUACAAAGGUUAAAGCACGUGUCACAUUCAAAGCGGCCAAAUUGAACACGUACCGAUUUUGUGAUAAUGUUUGGACAUUGAUGCUGAACGAUGUCGAAUUCCGGGAGGUGCACGAAUUUGCUCGCGUUGACAAAGUGAAAAUUGUGGCGUGCGACGGCAAAAGCGAAUAGAGAUAUACAAAACACACUGACAGACAGCAACACACACACACACACACACCGAACUAUUGUCGAUUUGAUGAUGAUGAUGACGACGACCAACACCGCCUUCUAUCAAAUUUUGAUAUCGAAAUUCAACUCAAAACACAUUUGGUGACAACGAACAAUGCCAGCAUAAUUCAUACAACAUAUAAACACGACACACACACACACGCAUCAGAAUCUUAUUAGACCAAUUAGCACCAAGAUUAAUCGUUUCAGAGCACACACACACAUAUUUCGAACCGUUAUUAAAAACAAAUUGUAAGAAACAAUAACAAAAUAGAAAUAAUAACAAGUAAAGAUACAAAUGGAAAAUCAUAACAAAGAGAACAGCAAAACAAAACACAGAAAUCAUAUUUAACAUGCAAUCCAUGAUAGGCUCUUAAUUUAAGUACUCGUAGUAAGAAUUACACUUUUCUUUUUGUUCUCCUAUCUUGAAUUUUUUGCUCAUUGGAUUUCGUUUUAAUUUUCUCCUUCUUUUUGUCGUUCGUGUAGAUGUUUAAUUAUUAUGUAAAUUAUUUCAAAACUAAAGAAGAAAAAAAAACAAAAAUAUUAGAAAACUUGAAAUUUACAGUUGCUGAAAGAUGUUUUCUUUUUUGAACUGAAUUUAUUUUUGGUUGAUGAAACAUAGACGAAUUCAAGUUCAGUAUUUAAGUAUAAGCAAAAGAAAAAAAUAAAUGAAAUAAUUACAAGUCAUACACAUUCACUCACACAACACACAUAUUUUCUUCCCCUGGGGAAUCGAUGCAAAUGACCGACAAACUAUUUGAAUUACUAAGCACAACACCAAUUGUGAAAUUCCCGCCAAGCCAAAUCGCAAUAUGCAUUUGAAUAAUGGUUACAUAUUCUAAAUUUUAAGAAAGAAAAAAAUAAACUAUGAAAAUCUAAUGAAACAAA